AUGAUUACAAUUCUGAAGAAUACUUUAAUAAUAUAUGUUGGCCUAUUGGGUCUUAGCACAAUCGGAUCCCUCUUCAUAUGUUUGGAUCAAGACUAUCACCAACAGUGUCCAUCACAUGUGAUUACUAUACUAUCAGAUUUGUCUGUCAUUCCAAUUGUAAAUGAAGCAAGAAUGAUGUUGAUUCCGAUGAUCAAAGAAUUACCCCCACAAUGGAUUACUGUGUUGAUUUGGAGUUCAUUAAUGAUGACAACAGCCUUAAUUAUAUCAGUGAUGUAUUUAACAGCAAAGUUCACUUAUAAUGUUUUAAUGAAUUUAGUGAAAUUUAUUGUGAUAUUGAUGUUGAUAUCACUCGUUUAUGCCUGGUGGAUGAAUGCUUAAGAUAUUCCUUAAAAAUUACAAUAUUAUUUGAAGUACUUACAAUUAUUCUAAUAAUGA